AUGAACGAAAUUUGGGGUUUGCAGUGUAGUAUCUUCCAAAGUUGUCUUGGUCAGAUAUUUUGGACAUUUACGGAAGCAAUUAGCAACUGUGACACAGGAUUUUGUCAAACAUAUCCCUUUGAUACUUAUGGCGAUGCAUUGCAAGACAAAGAGCUCGUUGGUCAUGUUUUCCACAGUUCAGUGAUUUCAAACCCAGUUCAGUGCUACAUGUUGUGUAAAGAUGACUGUCGAUGUUUGUCGUUCAACUACAAGGAGAAUAACGACGUCAAAUACUGCGAAUUGAACGAAGCCAGCCAUUUCACCCACGACAGCUUCCAUAAAAGUUCUGUAGGAUCCCGCUACUACAACCUGCGAAGGUUUCUCCACGGAAAGAACACGAGUGGCGUGCUAUUGAGAAACAAAAAGUUGUUGAAUGAACUUGUGUUCUGCGAUUUUAAUUCAGAGCCUGAGUUCGCUUGGAAUCUGAUUGAAUCAUUCAGUUUGUCCAACAAAAGCCGUUUCCAGAAGGACAUCGUGCUUUACGAUGACUACCAAGCCAUCAGCGGUGAUGCCCCAAACUGGCAUGCCUACCUCAUCAAACGACCCUACCUCCUUUGGCUCAGAAAUAGCUCGACUCACUGGAGAGCUACUUGUCGAUACAACACUGAUGGCACCGUAUAUACAGAUUACCUGAGAGCCUCGCUUGAAGACUUUGACAUCAUCAUAGACCAACCCACGAUGACAGAUGUCUGUCGACCGUACGAAUAUGUCAACAUCCGGGGAAACGAGUGUGUGAAUUGUACCGCACGGACAUGGUAUAAGAAAGGAGAUUAUCCUCUUCAUAUCGAUAGUGGUAAACAGAAUGACUGUGAUUUCGAUGAACACAGUAAAGACGCAGUGUCCAGUGAAGACAACUUUGGUUAUUACUCCAAGAUAAAUUCUAAAUUCCGCUGUACUUCAAGUGACAGUGACACUACCCAGUUAUGGAUCGGGGGCAAGUGA